CUUUCUCCGUGUGCAUUUCUCCAUGACAAUUAGUUGUCUACUUUUUACGACGUUUCAAUCACUUAUUGAGCAGAGAUGGAGAGAGCUCACGAUUAGUUGUUAGUUUUACAACAUCCACUGCACAGUCUCUCUCUCUCUCUCUCUCUCUCUCAUUCUAGGUUUCCCAUUUACUUUACCACCACAAGGAAUGUUAAAUCACUGAGAUCACAUGAAGGAAUGUCAGCUGUGUUUUCAUGUGCUCAUGCAUAUGUGCUGCACACUUUCUUUUCAUAAUGGGGAUCACCCUCCCAGUUAUUACAUUACAUUGGAAACCUCAGUUGAUUGAAUCAUAAAUUGUAUGGAUGACUAGUACUGUAAAAAUGUGUGCUUUUAGAUUCCACAAGAAAAGGUUACAUUUUAAUGCUAUGAGUGUCAGAUAAGGGAAUAUAAAUAAUCUUCCCUUGCCAAUGGUUUGGUUAUUAAAGUGGAUGCAAUUGUUCACUGUGUGUUGCUCCUGGUGGUAGUCGGCCUCUUACAUAAGUGAUCAUGAAGGAUUUUUUUUGUUUUUUUUUCAAGCAACAAUUUGAUCACAUGCUCACCUGACCAAGGCUGUCAUGACUCAUGGAAUUAUGAGGUCAGAGGGAAAUCUUAGCCACUGUGGGACAUGUUUACAGGACUGGUAGGUGUGGCCUCCUAAAGUCUCACACCCCCCCAUGUUUCCUGACUCAAAUGCCUUAUCUUUCAGCUUCAGAUUACACAGCUCGACUACCAGAAUUCCUGUCUUGUAUUGCAAUGACAUGUUUUACACAAGCAGGUUGUUGUUAAUGUGUUAGCAGGUAGUGGUAAUGGUUCACUGGUGUCACUGGAUUGGACUUUGCAGAACAGUGUGAUUGAGAGCUGCACAGUGCACUGUUACGGUUUGUGAGGGGAAGAGGUUGUCUUUGUUCUCAGUCGCACAAUCAGGGUGGAGUGCCGUUUCCUCUCUCUGUUUCCAGGCUGCCCCCUUCACUCCUGUACUUUUUUGUGUCUUUUUCGCCUUGGCCGUUUCCAGUCCCACAGUCACUCAGAACUAGGCUCAAUUUUCCUCAUCAAAAACUUUCAUUAUUUGGCCGAUUUUCUUUAUCUGUGAAGAAUAUAUUGGAGCUGAACCACUGGUCUCUUGAAUCAGAAAUGUCAUUUGGAUGUACUUUUUUGUGUGUGUUGUAGUGCGAUAAUUUAAUCAGGUUUAAGUGCUUGUCUUCAAAGGAUUUGAUCAGUCAUCUUUUUCAAAUGGAUGCCUACUGCCCUGGUUGUGUAGUACUGUAUGUGUGCUGGCCUGGCACAGCCUGCUUUUAUCCUGCUUGACUGGCUUCAGCUGAGCCACUGUGACACAGGCUCUUUGGACGCUGCAGUCGACUGAUAAACAUUUGGAUCACGGGUCAACCGCACUGGUUUAUUAGGAUGUUAUGGCAGCUGGUCAGAAUCCUCCUAGUUGUACUACGACAAUAUAAGAUGGAUUUCCUCAGUGUGGAUGUGUUCCUUGAAGCUCAACCAGCUCUGAUUUUAAUUUUCGCUGACUUUCAGACUUUUUUGGUCUACGCCGAUUGAAGUUUUGGAAUACAUCGAGAUCAGUCGCAUUUGAAAUUGCUGAAUGUACCCUGCUUCUUUCCCAUGGCAUGCUGUUUUAAAAGCCGCCGCCAUGGAAGCUGGACACUUACCAGACACUUUCCAGACGAUGAAGGGGAGCAGCACCACAGCACGAUGGUGGCAGAGGCGGGCAGCACAACGGGGGACAGUACCCCUCCCCCAAAACGCAAGGGCAAGUUCUCCAGUCUUGGCAAGAUCUUCAAGCCGUGGAAAUGGCGUAAGAAGAAAAGCAGCGAGAAGUUCAAGGAAGCGUCAGAAGAACUGGAGAGAAGGAUGUCGACGAGGCGUACCCGACAGGAGCUUAUAGAACAGGGAGUGCUGAAGGAGGUGCCGGACAAUGGUGCAGAUGGAGCAGCUCAAAGCUUGAAGCAGCCCUACGUGAAGAAUGGUCACACUCUGCCUGUGAGUGGAGGAGGGGGUGUGAGUGCUGGAAGGAGCAACCAGGGCAAAGCACCCUCCGAUUCGGACUUUAGGAUAAACCCUACUUGGCUCCCCCAGACGGAAGACCAUAGGGGCCGCUGUCCCUCAGAUGGUGAUCGACGGAGAGUUCUGUCCUCGAGGGCUUCUGGACCGCCGGAAGAACCACAGAGAGGAAGUGGCGUGAUGGGAACUCGAGUACAUGGGGAGAACGAGUGGAAGUCUAACAUGGCCUGGCAAGGACAGGUUCACAAUCAGAUGAGUGACGGCCAAAGUGGGGGCCAGCUUCUCCCUGAAAAUGGACAGAGGAGGCCUGGGCUGCAGAAAGUGCCAUCAGAGGAUGGCAGGAGGAGUCGGCCGGCUGAUGUGGACUGGAAGCCCACACUCCCUCGACAUGCGUCUGCUGAAGAGGGAAGGGCUCGUAGAGAGUCAGACAGCCAUUUUGCCCCUGACCCUGACGCCCUGAGAGACACUCUUCGUGAACCUCUGCCGCCUAAACAGUCCAUCAUGCCUCCAAAGUGGCUGAUAAGCUCCACACCGGAACCUGGCAGCGAGGGGCCAUCUCGCCCCCCAUCCAACCAGUAUCAGACCUCCUCUUCCUCCUCGGCUGCCGCGUCUAAGCCUACAAGGAACGUCUCCUCUGCAGGUGCGAGCACGCCGCAGCCCCCAUCGGUAGCCUCAUCGUCAUCCACCACUCAGGCCGCCAAGCAGCCGCCUUUACCUCCGCCCAAGCCGGUGAAUAGGGGCAACCCAGGUGUGCUGGUCUCCGCCCUGCAGGGGGGAGAGAAUGCACAGCUUCCGCUCUACUGGUCCUGCUGGAAGCGAGAGUGCGAGUAUGAUGUCUAUCUGUCCCUGCCUGUCUACCUGUGCCGGCGGGCUGGAGGCCUGCGCUCAGGAGAUGUCACACAAGGCACGGGGGGUGCCAGUCUUGUCCCAGCCAAGCCCUCUCCACCAAUGCCCCCAAAGAGAACCACACCCGUCACCAAACGCAACUCGGAGGAUCCCUCUACUUCAGGCCAUGCCAUCACCCCCUCACCGCUUUCUCUUGAGGAGCACAGCUCUGUGAGCUUUCAGCUGCCCCCUCCCCCUCCCUCCCCUCCGCUGCCAGCACACAUACCUCCCUCUCCACCGCGCCAACACAUGCACACUCACCACCUCCACCAUCAGCACUCUUACCCGCACCCACUGCCCCAACCCAUACCCAUCCUGUUUGAUCCACCAAGCCCUACCGUUGAGUCGCCCCAGCGCCAAGCUCCCAUUCCACUGCAUAUCAUGAUUCAGCGAGCUCUGUCCAGUCCUGGCCCAGUUCAGCCCAACCCAGACGGGUCACAGCGUGCGCACACCAUGCUCUUUGAAACGCCUCCUGAUUACCAAGCAGAACGAGGUCGCCCCCUUCCUGUCAGCAUCCAACCACUAAAACUAUCCGAGGACGACUACUCAGAAGAGGAUGAGGAAGAGGAGGAGGAUGAUGAUGAUGAGGAAGAGGAGGAGUAUGACGGGGAGAUCCCCCAGCCGGAACUUGAGCCACGUAGUCGCCGAGGCUUGGUCGGCGAUGUCGGAAUAUGUGUCAUUCCCGGUGGAGAUAAUGAUGACGAGGAAGAUGAGGAGCAAGACGACGAGGAUGAUGAAGCGCAUGGCCUGCACCGAGAGGAUAGCGACUCAGAUGGUCCUGUGCAUUAUAGAGAUGACGAAUCCGAUGAGGAUGAGGAGGAAGAACCCCCACUGAGUGCCCUGGCCAGCAGGGUAAAAAGGAAAGACACUCUGGCAUUGAAGCUGAACAGCCGUCCCUCUGCACCCGACAGGGACAGAUUUUUGCAGGAGAGAAGUGCCAGAGAUGACACUCCUCUGCCACCGGGACAGACCGGCCUCACCUGGCAGAGCAGGGAGCAGUGGGAGGCCAUCCGCACGCAGAUUGGCACCGCGCUCACACGACGUCUCAGCCAGCGACCCACUGCUGAGGAGCUGGAGCAAAGAAACAUCCUUCAACCCAAAAAUCAGGCUGACAGACAAGCGGAAGUUAGGGAGAUCAAGCGACGACUGACCAGAAAGCUGAGUCAAAGACCCACAGUUGCAGAACUGCAGGCCAGAAAAAUUUUGCGAUUCCACGAAUAUGUGGAAGUCACAGAUGCCCAAGACUACGAUCGCAGGGCGGACAAGCCGUGGACCAAGCUGACUCCUGCUGAUAAGGCAGCCAUCCGAAAGGAGCUUAAUGAUUAUAAAAGUACUGAAAUGGAGGUUCACGAAGAGAGCAGAAUCUACACAAGGUUUCACCGGCCUUAGCCGCCUCCUUCUUCACCUGGUGAAUGAAGCACUUAAGGUCUUCGUGGCAAGCAGCUGCUGUCUGUGCAAACGGACUGCCCUUUCUCAUUUCCUGAAUGUACUGUACAUUUUAUCAGGGACAACCUGGAACUGACAAGAAUGCUUCUCGCGUCCCUUCCAUUACCCUCAAGGCAUUGCUUUCAGCCGACGGAAGUGGUGGUGGUUGGAGAUGAUGCAGAUGCAGUAUUUAUCCCGGACAACAGGGGUAACCACGUGCCAACCAAAUGGUGACAUUUGCAAAGGACCUACAGUGCAGGGCUGCUGUAAUGUGGUGGCCCUCAGGGACCUGGAUCUAGUCAAUACCUUUAAUGCGGCCUCAUUCUGUGUUGCCUUUUUCUUCUCUACUGUAUAUGGAAACGCUAACUCAUUUGUCUUGUUAAUGUGAGAUCAAAAAUAAUAAUAGUAACGAAAAAUGGUCAUUUCUAGUACUCCACAAUAAUAUUGGAGAUGACACAUGGCAUUAGCCAGGGUGGACUGGAGGAUGAAGACUGGGAUAUUCUGUUUUAGGACUGGACAUCUCUGGGACAUUGUGUGUUUUUAUAUUAACUGUACAGAUUGCUAUUAUAAUACCUUAGAAUGAAACUUGCAAAGAUCUAAUUACAAAGUAUUGUGUAAUGCACAAGAUAUUUUAUACUAUAAUUUUGAUCACAUCAGUAGUGACCGUUUUGUUUUUGUUUGUUUUGUUUUUUUUGGCUUGCCUGUAUUUAUCGUUGUGAUGUGCGGUGGCCAUUUAAGCGUGAGUGUAGAAAUAGAAAAGAAUUUUCAGGCCAGGAUGCUCUUGGUGAGUUUGUGUGCCAAUGUACCCAAUGCCUAGUAAAUAUAGGAUAUUGAUAUUCAUAUCAACUAUUUCGAAAUCUACUGCAUGAGCCAACAAGGAUCCCACUCCCUGGAUCUGGAUAUCCUCUCUUCAUUUAUACUUUUCUAUGAGUUUUUGUACUUCCCUUUAAUCACACACACACACACACAAUGCAUUUCUGUAGCCAUUUUCUUAUAAGGUCAUACUGGUGUUGUCUACUAAGAAUUCAAUGUAAGUUGCUGUGAGUAGAUCAGGGAUUUAUCAACAAAAAAAAUCUGAAAAAGUAUGAACGGUCAACAGGGGAUCAUUUUGGCUGGAACUUUCUUUUUUUGGAAACUGCAACUGUUUUUAUUUUGUAGUGUUGUCUGGCCAGUAGCUUACAGGGUUCUCCAUGCUGUGUACAGGUGGGUAUAGGUUUAACUGAUGCUUGUGUAUAUCUUGUCUUCCUUUCAUUUGAAAAGAAAUUUUAAAUAAAGUAUUAUAGGUUGCUAUUUUUUUAAGCACAAAAUCUUAGUUUAUGAUUAAAUGCUACAAGAAUGGGAAUAUCAGUGUGUACCCUUUCUGUAAAACUAAGUUCAUUUGUAAUUGAAUGUGAAGAUGUAUGGACUGAUAGUUAUUUUGCUUUUAAUUGUAAAUAGUAACAUCUGGAUCUAAUUAAAAAUCUUACAGCUUGAACCUUCUGUGCAGUGAUUC